UACCAUAUAAUCCAUAGAAGUAAGUGAAAGAUAUGGAAAAACCUCAAUUGCAUACAAAUAAAACUUUUUCUGGGAAGAGUAAGCAAGUAAGAUACUCUGAUGUAACAGAGGUGCGCAAAUCUUUACGGGAAUUCGGUUUAUACAUAUGUUUUCUAUUUGUAACAGUUAUCGUCGCAUUAUCUUCAAGACAUAGUUAUAUGUACUACUACAACAAAACUAUUUACAAAUUCUUUCUGGAAAGACACGAAACAGCAAAUAAUUUUAUAAUAUCUUUCAACGAUAUCUGUAGACUUUCUGAUUGGUACUAUUUUUUAGAAAAUCAUUUUCUAGAAACAAUGUACAAUGGAAUGGAAAACAAUGGAACUCCAAGAGUUUUUAUGGAAAAAAACCUACUUCUAGGUCCACCGCGUCUAAGGCAAAUACGUGUUAACGCUGAAGAGUGUUAUACGUAUAGUGAAAUACGGCGAUACUUUCAAGUAUGUUAUCCGAAGUAUUCAAAGAGAUUUGAAGAAACAACUGAUAAUUAUAAGAGCUCUAAAUACUUUACGUUAAGUGAUUUAAGUGCUACUUCUAUAGAGGGAAAAUUAGCAACUUAUAGAGGUGCGGGAUAUGUGGAAAAUUUGAGUUAUGAUAAGGAAGAAACUGAAGAAAUUAUAAAAGGUUUACGACACAGUGAUUGGGUUGAUAGAGGAACAAGAAUUGUUAUACUUGAGUUUUGUUUAUUUAAUGAAGACUCAGAGUUAUAUGAAAGUGUAAAAUUUUUAGGAGAAGUUCCUCCAACUGGUGGUAUGAUAUCUAGUGCACAACUGCGAUCCAUAAAAUUGGGUGGCCUAUGGUUAAGUGGUGACUACUUCGCCAUAAUAUGCGCUAUAAUAUUUUAUGUGCUGACGGUUAAAUUUACUUUGGAGGAAGUAAAAGAAAUUAGAAAAAAUGGUUUUUGGACAUAUUUGUGUAUACUAUGGAAUUUUAUAGAUAUAACUGUUUUAGUGAUCGCGAUUAUUAGUUUUAUCUAUAACAUAUAUCAUCCAAUAUAUGGAAAUUAUUUGUUGCAAUUAGCGGAAGAUCCUGACGAAUAUGUGAACUUAGACAAAAUCGCUUACUGGAAUGUAAUAUAUAAUGAUUUAAUUGCUAUUUGCGCAUUUCUUCUGUUCAUGAAAAUAUUUAAAUAUAUCUCGUUCAAUAAGACUUUACUGCAGUUAUCAGAGACUUUAAACAGAUGUUAUAAGGAUUUGUUGGGAUUUGGCGUAAUGUUUUUUAUAAUUCUGAUGGCGUAUGCUGUUUGUGGCUUCAUUUUAUUUAGUCAACAUGUAGUAGAGUUUAGUACUUUACUAAAUACUUUAAGUACACUAAUGAGCAUUAUGAUGGGUACCUUCGAUUAUACUAAUUUGGAAUACGGUAGUCCUACAUUAGGCCCAAUUUUUUUCAUUUCAUAUAUAGCGCUGGUUUAUUUUAUACUAAUGAAUAUGUUUUUGGCUAUUAUAUUUGAUACUUAUAAUACAAUUAAAAAUGAUAUUAAGUCAGGACCAAGAGAAUUAAAUACUUACCUAUCUAAUGCUAUGAAAAAGUUAAGACAGAGAAUGUUAACGAACAGAAAGAGACAACAAGAAGUAACAACAUUAUCGAAUGAAUCCACUGAGGCAGUUACUGAACCAAAACCCACAUCGGUGGAUCAGAAUACAACCCAUCAACCAACUAAUGAACCGUCGAAUAUGACUGAAAGUUUUGUUGUAAGAGAGUAUUUUGAAAAUUAUAUAAGGGAUGAAGAAAGACGAAAAAUUAUUAAUUUAGCAAAUCGUAUAGACUUACUCGAAGAUGUUAUUAAAAAAUUAUCUGUAGAUGUGGAGGAACUACUGAAAAAAGUUAAAUCAAAACAACGAUCUCGAUCGUAAUGGCCUCUGUUAUUAUUUCUCAGUUUUAAUAAUACGUACUAUUAUAAUCAUUUGUUGAAGUAAAAAUAA